GUCCUCCUGAGGGAACUCCACUCUGACCAUGAGGGACCGUCUGGAGGAGCUGCGUCAGAGGGCCCAGGAGUUCCGGGAGGCAAGAAACAAGGCAGAUGAGACCCCAUUCCCUGAGGAAGACGCUGACCCAGAUGACCCAGCAUGGGUUAGUGUCGCCACUCCACAGCAGGCUGUGGUGUUUGAGGAGGAACCAGUCCUGGACAACUUCCUGUCCGAGGCUCAGCAUAUCCGCGGUGACAUCACUGAGCUCGAAACCGAGGUGAAGAAGUUUAGCCAGCAUCAAAGGAGCCUGGUGGCAACCAUGCGUCGUUUCAGUGUGAUGAAAAAGGAGAGCAGUGUGACGAGGGACAUCAAGCUGCAGGCAGAGCGCAUCCACAGACGGCUGGACGCCCUCUCCAAGAAGGCACAGAGUUUAGAAGACAUGCAGGGACUGGCUACAGCCACUACACGCAUCCAACGCUCCCAACACGCAGCGCUACACAGACAAUUCCAGCAGGUGAUGCGUUUGUACAACGACUCCAUUCUCAGUAAACAGGAGCGGUGUAAACACUUCAUCAUCCGUCAGCUGGAGGUGUCUGGUCGCGACGUCACCGAGGAGGAAGUGGACGAAAUGGUUGCUGCGGGGAAGUGGGAGGUGUUUAACCAGAACCUCCUCAACAAUGAACGCAUCACACGCUCUAAGCUGUCUGAGAUCGAGCAGAGACACAAGGAGCUGGUGAAUCUGGAGAGCAACAUGAAAGAGCUGAGAGAUCUGUUCAUGGAUGUCUUUAUGUUGGUGGAGGAGCAGGGAGACUACAUAGACCACAUCCAGACCAGCGUAGAGAAGACACAGGACUAUGUCACUGUCAGUAACGAGAAGUUUAAAAUGGCUGCCAGAUACAGGAAAAAGAACCCUUUGAGGAGGCUGUGCUGCUGUUGCUGCCCCUGGUGGUGAUGCACAUAGAGGAGAGA